AUGACUGAAAUGUUACAUAAGACCCAGCAGGAUAGUCAGGUAGAAAUUUUCAGUAACUGUUUAAAAGUUAAAACUUUAGAAGGUGUAUACAAUCUUGCAAAUUAUUUAGCAGACAUCUCAGGAGAGAGAAAACGUGAAAAUCCCUUAGAGAAGAAUGGCGGCUCCUUUGUGACUGAAUUCAUUCUGUUGGGAUUAACGGAUCAGCCAGAUAUCCAACUCCCCUUGUUCUUCCUGUUUCUAGUAAUGUAUAUCAUCACUGUGUUGGGAAAUUUGGGCUUGAUAAUCCUAAUUGGGCUGAAUUCACACCUGCACACCCCCAUGUACUUUUUCCUCUUUAACUUGUCCUUCAUAGACCUCUGUUAUUCUUCUGUGUUUACACCCAAAAUGUUGAUCAACUUUAUAUCAAAGAACAUUAUCUCCUAUAUGGGGUGCAUGACCCAGCUCUACUUUUUCUGUUUCUUUGCUAUUUCUGAAUGCUAUGUGCUGACAUCAAUGGCCUACGAUCGCUUUAUCUGUAAACCACUUUUGUAUAAUGUUACCAUGUCCUCUAACGUGUGUUCUGGCCUUAUGCUUGGUUCAUACUUGAUGGCAUUUUCUGGUGCCGUGGCCCACACUGGAUGCAUGCUGAGACUGACCUUCUGUAACGCAAAUACUAUCAACCAUUAUUUUUGUGAUAUCUUCCCUUUGCUCCAGCUCUCCUGCAUGAGCACCUACGUCAGUGAGCUUGUAGUCUUCAUUGUGGUCGGCACCAAUGUCAUUGUGCCCAGUUUCAUCAUCUUUGUCUCUUAUGGUUUCAUCAUCUCCAGCAUCCUCCACAUCAGCUCCAUGGGGCGCAGGUCCAAAACCUUCAGCACCUGCAGUUCCCACAUAAUUGCUGUUUCUCUGUUCUCUGGAUCAUUUGCAUUUAUGUAUCUCAAACCGUCUUCUGUUGUGUCCCUAGAUGGAGAAAAAAUCUCUUCUGUCUUUUAUACCAGUGUGGUUCCCACAAUGAACCCUUUAAUCUACAGCUUGAGGAACAAAGACGUCAAACUUGCUCUGAGAAAAACUCUGAUCAAAUUAGGAAGAAGGAAUCUAAAAAAGAAAAUGAUGGAUCAAAAAAGCCCAUUCUUCUGA